GUUUUAAGUACCGUAGUCACUGUACCCAAGAGGCUUGCGGCCUACAAUACGGAUAUUAAUGCUGAUCAUACAAGCCGACAAUAAUACACCUGAUCCUGAGAAUUGAAGCGAGGCGGUCGCAAAGUCCAUACGUGUUGGAGGUCAUGCUUUGCAGGUCCUUCCUUCCUCUUUGCUUGCUCCCAUGGCGACCUCCCUGAUCUUGGGCCUGCAACUUCGUCUCUAUUCUACGAACCGUCCUCCCCAAGGAUGACGGACCCUCCGCCUAUCCUCCCUCUAUCCGAAGGGGUCCGCUCAACACUGUCGUCUGCUUGCGAGAUCGUCUCGUCCGAGGAUGUUGUCGAAGGCCUGGUGAGAAACGCGUUGGAUGCUGAGGCUCAUACCAUCGCCAUCGAGCUAGACCUGGCAAAAGGUUACAUCUCCGUCGAGGAUGACGGCACUGGCAUUGACGGCCUUGAGUUCUCUGAGAAUGGCCAUUUGGCCGAAACCUAUUGUACUUCCAAGUCCAAUCCGUCAUGCCUCUUGUAUGGCUCUCAGGGUCGGUUCCUUGCCAGCCUCUCGUCCUUGUCUUUGUUGUCGAUCACCUCGAAGCGUAGCGGCUCUGCUCACAGUAACAGACUCGUUCUGCAUCAGGGGCGGGCCAUUUGCCGCCAGCUGCGGCUGAAUGGCGAAGACACAGGAUUGCGAAGAGGUGGCACACAUGUCCAUGUUCGGAACCUGUUCGGGGAGAUUCCAGUGCGAUCGAAACAUUUGUCUCUGCGCUAUUCGACGCUCACAGAAGUGGAUAAGACAUUUGAGCGGAUCAAAAGGAUGCUGGUUGGCUAUCUAUUUGCAUGGAAGACAUCGGAAGGGUUGCGCGUGUCUUUGAAAUGCGGGCAGCGAAGAUACGUUCAUGAUGGGACAGUUCUACCAUUCUCGGAUCGUCCUGCCCUCGAGUCUACCGUUUCUAUCCUCUGUCAGGCUGGUCUUCUUCCCAACGCCAGAUCAGCGUCUUGGAGACUGGCAUCCAUCCGAACCAGCGCAUUCUGCAUGCAGGCUGCUGUUUCGAUGAGUCCUGCGCCUUCCAGAUUUGUUCAAUUCGUUUCGAUCGGUCACUUGCCACUCAUGCGCAGCAAACAAGAUAAUUGGCUCUUCGACGUCAUAAACGAUGUGUUUCGGGCCUCCAACUUUGGCAUGACUGCGAGUCACGAAGACACCGACGUGUCCACGACCGGCCGUCGUGCACAUCCUCUUGCGGCAUCAUACGACGUCAAAACGGGCAAGGGUGUUGAUCGCUGGCCGAUGUUCCAUAUUCGCAUCGACACCAAAAGUGACAAGAAGACCCAACUGCUACGACGGUCGGAGGCAUGCCCAGAAUCUCACUUUGGACUUGAGCAUCUUAAAAAUGCCCUGCAGUCCCUGCUGAACGAGUUUCUGAGUGCUAAUGGAUUCAAGCGUGGAAGGAUGAGCAAGGGAGGACAUGGAGGGUUGGCCAGCAAGGGGUCCGGCAACGGGCUGUUGGAUACAAAUACUGAUCAGCGAGUGGCGGCGGAGCGUGCCGGGGUUGCAGGAACGCCCGGUUCCCUAAUCCAUUGGCCUCGUGUAAAGAGCGGGCGCUCAUAUGAUCGACGUGAUAUGACCUACGGCAUAGGGAUUCUCACGCCCAGUGCGAAGGUUGAGGCACAGACCAAUGCUGCCGGAUAUACUCAGGUAGAGAACUGCGAUGUUGACGAAAGCACUCUGAGCACGGAAGACAACGCUUCCAAACAAGGACAAACGCAAGAGGCUUCCAACGCGACAACAUGUGAGGUCAGCACGGAUGCCGAAGCUGUCCAAUGGCAGAAUCCUCUUGGUGGCCGGACGCUUCACAUCCAUCCACGCACUGGAGCUCUUCUACCCAUCAAAAAUGCUUCCAGCUUACGGCCAGAUCUGAAGCCACCUUCUGCCGCCUAUCAUACCGUCAAGUUUCAGCAGACAGGACCUUUAAUGCCUCAGAGCAAUGACGGCUCCAACCAUGGCACUCCGCUCAAGCUGCGAAAGUACAAGGACCUCUUGACUCUCAGGAAGUCUGAAACCUCGAUCCCAUCAGUGACAUCCAUUGACACAACUAUGAGCAACAAAACUGGCUGGGGACCUGGACUGUUAGAGAUCUGUGCUAGCACAAGCCGCAACCCGACCAGAGGAGCGCUUGCAGACGCUACGAUCAUCGGGCAGGUCGACCAGAAGUUUUUGCUCGCCGUCACCCCUGCCAUGGUGAGCUCCUCAGGCGAUUCAAAACUAAGCCAUUUGCUUCUGCUGAUCGAUCAGCAUGCCGCUGACGAGCGAGUGAGGUUCGAACGACUGUGCGAGGAAAUUUGCCAGUCAGCCACGACCCGCCUUGAGAAAUCAAUGGUUUUCGAGGUGGACGAGAAUGAGGUCGCUCUGUUUGAAAUGCGACGAGAACACUUUGAGAGAUGGGGCAUCAAGUACGCUAUCACCUCUGGCGGUGAUGCCGGCUCCUACUCGAGACCCAGCAGUACAGCUUCUUUCGUGGAGAUUGCAUCUUUGCCACCUCUCAUUGUCGAGCGAUGCCGGACAGACCCAAAACUUCUGAUUGAUCUACUACGCGACGAGAUUUGGUCGGACCUCAGCCGGGCUAGGGCAGUCUGCAAGGAAGCAGUGAGUCAAGACCAGAUCAAGCAAGAGAGUUCCUGGCUCUCAGAAAUUGCUCGUUGUCCCACAUUGCUGUUGGAGAUGGUCAAGUCGCGCGCUUGUCGAACAGCCAUCAUGUUCAAUGACAACUUGGCCUUGGACGAGUGCAUUGAAUUGGUGCGGCGGCUGUCCACAUGUAUCCUACCGUUUCAAUGUGCCCAUGGACGUCCUACCUCGACAGUCAUCUGUGAGAUGGACCAGAUUGAGGAUAUUCAGGAUAACUUUGGCCCGUCCAGUGGUGGUGAACAUGAUUAUGGUACCAUUGGAGGCCACAUUGGAUUUCGUUCCGCAUGGGAAACUUGGAUCAAUACCAGAUAGUACACAGGCCCUUGGAUACCGGAUGCAAUGAAGGUGGGUAAAAUCAUGCACACCGUUCAGAAAGUCUCUAUGAAGAAAUCCCAUUAUGUUGUGUGUUGUAGUCCGGACUGUAGUAUAGAUCAGGCUUGUUGAGUUCCGGUGGUGGGCAAGCGUCCGGCGUCUGGCGUCUGUCGCGCCUGUUUCUUUACGCGCGUCGGACAGGUUCC